AUGACCUACUUCCUGGCCCCCUUCAUGGGUUGCAGCAUGGUGCAGGAUGGAGGUGCCCCCUUUCAAAGGUCUCAGCAUCCUCACGCUACCUCCUGCCGCCACUUCCAUCUCGGCCCUCCGCAGCCACAGCAGCUCGCCCCAGACUUCCCGCUGGCCCACCCCGUGCAGUCGCAGCCGGGCCUCAGCGCCCACAUGGCCCCGGCCCACCAGCACAGCGGCGCCCUCCACCAGUCGCUGACCCCGCUGCCCACCCUGCAGUUCCAGGACGUMACAGGUCCCUCCUUCCUACCUCAGGCCCUGCACCAGCAAUACCUCCUGCAGCAGCAGCUCCUGGAAGCCCAGCACCGCAGGCUGGUCUCGCACCCCAGGCGGAGUCAGGAGCGUGUGUCCGUCCAUCCCCACCGCCUCCACCCCAGCUUCGACUUCGGCCACCAACUGCAGACACCUCAGCCCAGGUAUUUGGCUGAGGGCACUGACUGGGAUCUCAGUGUGGACGCUGGCUUGAGUCCUGCUCAGUUCCAGGUGCGGCCCCUCCCGCAGCACUAUCAGCAUUACCUAGCCACUCCGCGAAUGCACCACUUUCCCAGGAACUCCUCCUCCACGCAGAUGGUCGUCCAUGAAAUCCGAAACUAUCCUUACCCCCAGCUUCACUUCCUCGCACUCCAGGGGCUAAAUCCCAGCAGACACACUUCUGCCGUGCGGGAGAGCUAUGAGGAGCUGCUGCAGCUGGAGGACAGGUUGGGAAACGUGACCCGGGGAGCUGUGCAGAACACCAUUGAGAGGUUCACCUUCCCCCACAAGUACAAGAAGAGAAGACCCCAGGAUGGCAAGGGCAAGAAGGAUGAGGGCGAGGAGUCCGACACAGAUGAGAAAUGCACAAUUUGUCUGUCUAUGCUGGAAGAUGGAGAAGACGUGAGACGCCUACCCUGUAUGCAUCUCUUCCACCAACUCUGCGUGGACCAGUGGCUCGCCAUGAGCAAGAAAUGCCCCAUCUGCCGAGUGGACAUUGAGACACAACUGGGAGCUGACAGCUGAGGGAGGAGUUAGCCAGUGGACGCCCCAUUUCCUUCACCAGGUCCCCCCACGGCCAUAGCCCUUGCAGCCAAACUUUGCCUUCUGAGCCAUUUGACGUAGAGGAGAAGCCUGCAAGCACAUUUCGUGGAAAGAGGAGUUGGUGGUAUCCGAGUCCGAGGGAGAGGAGGGGGUGGGGGAGGACCCACCCAUCCAGAGUGGCCACUGCCCCCAUCCGCCUUGCUGCGCAGGAGGGAGGGAGCUGGCCGUGCCCAGAGCAGGGCGGGAGUGGGGGGCCCACGCUGUGGAGAACCCAGAUGUGAUCCGAGGGUACUAGCUGAUAGACCGGCCCCUCAAUCCUGUCCUUCGAAGGAUUGUACAUAUACCUCUCGACCACGUAGAAACCAUGUAGGGGUCUCUAGCUAUUUCUGUGGAUGGCAGCCGGAGCAUGUUAGCUUAAGAAAAAUGUCGUGUGUGGUGCUCUAGUCAUCUUGUGGUGGACAUGUCGCUAUUGCCCAACUUGCACCAAAUGUUUCUCAUUGAGUUUCUUGUUUUGGUGCCUGACUGAACCAACCAACGACAGCCCCAAUCUUCCCGUCUUUAUGAGAGAAAGGAAAAAGGAAUCAAAGGUGAAAAGAAAAAAAAAAAAGAAAG